AUGCACAGCGAUCAUGCAUCCACCUACGAGUCAAGGCAUGGCGUUUCAGAUGAUCCAGCCGCCCAAAGACCGCCGGACAAUGGUCGCACUGCCACUGUUUCUCCCCGGGCUCCUCGUGCGGUGAAACGUUCAUUCCGGCCUCCUAAUCCGUAUCGAGAAAAGACAGGCGAGCCGACAGUUUGCGAGCUUUUGCGAACGGGGUUUUCGCGACGGGGGUACCUCCCACGAGCCUCGCGCUUGGGAACCGGGUGGCCUCGUAAUCAGCGGCCUGCGCGUCAAGAGACGAGCUGCGCUUGGUUGGGGAAUCCAGUUGGCCUGAAGAAGUACCGCGAGAUGCAGAGUGGAGUCGACGAUCCGCUCGGGUCCGUCGCCAUUCCCCCGCUCGACCAAACAGCGCCGCCGACAAACGAGGCCUCGCUACGCCCGUAA